GUGUACCUGGGAUGGGGAGGUGUGUGUGUGGUGGCCUCCGUGGGAGGCGUCCAUCUGGGAACAUGCUGCUACUCAAGAAACACACGGAAGACAUCAGCAGCGUCUACGAGAUCCGGGAGAAGCUGGGCUCGGGCGCCUUCUCCGAGGUGGUGCUGGCCCAGGAGCGGGGCUCCACACACCUUGUCGCCCUCAAGUGCAUCCCCAAGAAGGCCCUCCGGGGCAAGGAGGCCCUGGUGGAGAAUGAGAUCGCCGUGCUCCGCAGGGUCAGUCACCCCAACAUUGUGGCUCUGGAGGAUGUCCACGAGAGCCCUUCCCACCUGUACCUGGCCAUGGAGCUGGUGACAGGUGGUGAGCUGUUUGACCGCAUCAUGGAGCGCGGCUCCUACACGGAGAAGGACGCCAGCCACCUGGUGGGUCAGGUCCUCGGCGCUGUCUCCUACCUGCACAGCCUGGGCAUCGUGCACCGGGACCUCAAGCCAGAAAACCUCCUCUAUGCCACCCCGUUUGAGGACUCCAAGAUCAUGGUCUCUGACUUUGGACUCUCCAAAAUCCAGGCUGGCAACAUGCUAGGCACUGCCUGUGGGACCCCAGGAUAUGUGGCCCCAGAGCUUUUGGAGCAGAAACCCUACGGGAAGGCCGUAGAUGUGUGGGCCCUGGGUGUCAUCUCCUACAUCCUGCUGUGUGGGUACCCUCCCUUCUACGACGAGAGCGACCCUGAACUCUUCAGCCAGAUACUGAGGGCCAGCUAUGAGUUUGACUCCCCUUUCUGGGAUGACAUCUCAGAAUCAGCCAAAGACUUCAUCCGGCACCUUCUGGAAAGAGAUCCCCAGAAGAGGUUCACCUGCCAACAGGCCUUACAGCACCUUUGGAUCUCUGGGGAUGCAGCCUUGGACAGGAACAUCCUAGGCUCGGUCAGUGAGCAGAUCCAGAAGAAUUUCGCCCGGACCCACUGGAAGCGAGCGUUCAAUGCCACCUCGUUCCUGCACCACAUCCGUAAGCUGGGGCAGAGCCCAGAGGGUGAGGAGGCCUCCGAACAGGGUAUGGCCCGACACAGCCACCCAGGAGGCCUCCGGGCUGGCCAGCCUCCCAAGUGGUGACGCCCAGG